ACAAAAGAAAAAAAGAGGAGAAAGGUAACUAGCAAUGGCAUCAAGAGUUGCAUCUUCAGAUUCAUUUAAGCACUUCGAAUUCGAUGCCACUCCUAAACACUUGUCAUCUUCUUCUUCCGUCCCUUCCAAAUUCAACUUCACCAACGAUCGCACUGCUUUCACUCCCGACUCCCUCCCUAUCAUCGAUUUCUCAGCCCUCGUCACCGGAGAUCCUCAUCAACGCUCCAAGGCUGUCCACGAUCUCGCCACAGCAUGUCGGGAUUGGGGUUUCUUCAUCCUUGUGAAUCACGGUGUUCCCGAGAGCUUGAUGGAAGCAAUGUUUAGAGUAGUAAAAGAGUUCUUCAGUUUGGCUGAUUCGGAGAAGAAGCAGUACGAAGCCAAGAGUGCUUCAGAUCCCAUCAAAUGUGGGAAUUUCAACGUUGCCAACACUUCAAACCAGAGCUUCACUUUAUGGAGAGAUUACCUUAAGCUCUAUGUGCAUCCCACUUUCCACUGCCCCCAUAAACCCAAACCUUUGUGGGAUGUGGUGCAGGAAUACACCCUAAUAACGAGGGAAUUAGCAUUAGAGCUAAUCAAAGCAGUAUGCGAAGCCCUAGAAUUGAAUCAACGUUACGUGGAUGAAACAUUGAAGAUGGAAUCGAGUUUUCAAAUGUUUGCGACCAAUUACUAUCCACGUUGCCCUCAUCCGGACCAAGCCAUCGGCAUUCCGUCGCAUACAGAUCCAGGUCUCUUCACAUUUCUCAUACACAACGGGGUCGCCGGUCUCCAAAUCGAGCACAACGGCAAGUGGUUCAACGCCAACUCUCCUCAGAAUUCUAUUUUGGUCAAUGCAGCUGACCAACUUGAGAUAUUCACCAAUGGAAGGUGCAAGAGUGUGAAACAUAGAGCGGUGUUGAAUGAGGAGAAAGAUAGAAUCUCGAUCGUGGUGGCGAAUGGUCCCUCGGGGGAGGCGGUGCUCGGACCCGCGGAGGCGCUGGUGGAGAAAGAUGGGAGAGCAAAGUAUUGUGCAAUGAAGUAUGAAGAGUAUCUGGAGUCGCAGCUCACCAAAUCACGCGUCGAUGGGAAAUCCAUUUUGGAACAGCAGAUGAUAUGCUCUACCAAUUAAAAUAUGGAGUUGUACUUUGUUAUGUUUCUCUCUAUUAUGUUUAAUGUGUUCGGUGUCUUUCAUCGAUAACUGGAGGUGGGACUCAUUUUCCGUAAUAAUACUUUAGUUAUUUUUUUUCUA